CACGACAGUUUACUUUUCGGCUCAUCUGCUUCAGUAUCGAAACUCCAGAAAGAUUGAACGUUGUUUGAAAUUUCCAGUCGCGUGCUGACUCAUCUUUCGAAUUUAUUUCUCGCUUUGACGUUACUUUAGUCUUUCUUGACUUUCGUGUUUCCGGGAGAGGAUGACGACUGAGGCAACCAUCCCCGACAGUGAGAAAGUGCGUAUCGUGUCGGAUUUUCUCCAACAUGCUCCACCCGGUGAAUUCAACGAGGUUUUCAAUGCUGUGCGUAUGCUACUCAAUAAUGAUCAACUGCUGAAAGAGGGUUGCGCGCAAGCUAUUACGAAAUACAAUGAGAGCCAAUUUGUCCCAGUCAAACUUGAAGGAGUUGAAAAGCAGACUUUGGUAACGCCCUUCAAUGACAUUGGCGGCGGACGCUAUGUUGAUGAUGCCUCGAAAAAGUCUUUCAAAUAUGAUCACCUCCGUAAAGAAGCGAGCGACAUUCAAUCGAGUCCCGCAGACUCUGGCAGUGCCGACUCGUGGCGCGCUGCUCUACAAAAGGAAUUGGACGCAUAUAUAGACGAUCAUUACACUAAGUCCGGAACUGGAUGUGUUUUUGUCCGUCAUGGCAAUUUCACAUUGUGCAUCGAGUCGCAUCAAUUUCAGCCUAAGAACUUCUGCAAUGGUCGUUGGCGGUCAGAAUGGAAGGUACCUGUUGGAGAUGGUAAAACGGGCAGUCAAGAGUUAGUUGGAAAAAUCAAGGUGCAAGUGCAUUACUACGAAGAUGGUAAUGUGCAACUUUUCUCUGAAAAGGAUGUUAAUGUCAAAGUACAAAUAACUAGCGAUCUCGAAAAGACUGCCAAGGAAAUCGUGACGGCGAUUCGCGAUGAAGAGGGUAAAUAUCAGCAAGCAGUACAAGAAAACUAUGCCUCGAUGUCUGACAACACUUUUAAAGCGCUGCGGAGACAACUGCCAGUCAUCCGCGCCAAAAUGGAUUGGCAUAAGGUGCAAUCGUACAGGAUUGGUCAGGAAAUGAAACCGCAGUGAGAUGUGCUCAUUGUCGCCCAAACUACCCUCGCUUAAGUGCUGUUAUCCGUUCAGUUCCAUUGUUUCAUUUUAUUGAUUUGUUUCUCAAACACGAUUUUCGUGAUUCUCUUCCUGCUUUAGUUAAUUGGACUAGACUGAUGAAUCAACCGUAUUCAUCACGCACACAGUCAUAAAUUCUGUAGUUUCUUAGCCAGAAGACCAGUGUAUCUUGGCAUUGCUACGACUCUGUCAUUGGAUAAAUUGAAUUGAAAAUAUGUUCGUUGUCGUGCUGCUGCCCUACAAUUCCCUACUUGAUCCAUCUUUGAAGUGUCUAUUGGUUUUUGUAGUAGUUCGAUUGUUCUUCCGAACAACUUGAUUUCGUUGUUUUACUAGAUAUAUUUUUCUAAACGUCUUUUUUUCCAUAUGAGAGCUCUUUUUUUGCUAUGUCACACUAUCAGUAUCCUGACAUCCAUUUUUUGCUGGCCAAAUCUCUUUCUUGAGCAAGAUUUAUCUUUAUCUAAUGCUUGUAUAUUUUAAUAAAUUUUUAUGUUGUCAU